AAACACGAUGUCAAAUAUUUCCGCAAUUUAACCAAAUCAGAAAGUUCUAAGUUAUCAACAUCCAACAUUGAGUGGAAUACAUAUCUACAACAAAAUAAAAACUUAACAGAGGAAGUUGAGGGCAGUAUAAGAACAGUUGUAGGUCAAUCUCAGCUUCUUAUGGAUCAAAGGUUUAAACAGUUCACUGGUUUAAUAGAUAAUUGUGAAUUUAACACUGGAGAGAAAGAGACUAAAUGUGAAGAUUUACAAGGUUUCUGGGAUAUGAUAUAUUAUCAGGUUAGUAAAAUCUCCCGUUCUUAA